GCGAACUCGCCAUGUGUCUCUCAGCCAACAUGGCCACCGGCAAGGGCCUCGUCGCAAUCCUGCGCCCGCGGAAUUUUGGCCUCCUAGGCUGCAGCAAAUCGCACACUGAAUUGUCAACAAGUUUGCCACGAUGUGCAGAUUGUCGUCGACAUCUUCACAACGGCACCCUCACUGUCGAGCCAGGACUAGGGCUCACGACACAAAAGUUCUCAUCAGCUGGACAAUUACAAAGUCACAGGAAGUUUCACUUAUCAAAUGGAUUAUUAGCAGCAAAAAGGAAUUACUAUGAAAUACUAGGUGUAUCAAGAAAUGCAGCAGCGAAAGACAUUAAAAAAGCAUACUAUCAAUUGGCUAAAAAAUAUCAUCCAGACACAAAUAAGGAUGAUCCAAAUGCCAGUAAAAAGUUUCAAGAAGUUUCAGAAGCUUAUGAGGUUCUUAGUGAUGAUACCAAAAGGAAAGAAUAUGACACAUGGGGAGCAACUUCGGAACAAAUGGGCAUGGGACAACCUCCACCUGGUGGAAGGGAUCCAAACCAUAGAGAUUUCAAUUGGCAGUUUAAAUCAACCAUCAAUCCUGAAGAAUUGUUUAGAAAGAUUUUUGGUGAAGCUGGCUUCAAGAGUGGAGGUUUUUCUGAUUUUGAGGAUUUUGCAGAAUCUAACUAUGGUUUUGGUGCCGCACAAGAAUUGAUAAUGAAUUUAACAUUUCCGCAAGCUGCCAGAGGUGUUAACAAGGAUAUAAAUAUCAAUGUAGUCGAUACAUGUCCAAAAUGUCAAGGCAGUAGAUGUGAACUAGGUUUCAAACCGGUAAAAUGUCAUUACUGUAAUGGCACUGGAAUGGAAACAAUAAGUACUGGACCAUUCGUUAUGCGUUCAACGUGUAGACAGUGCCACGGUACCCGAAUGUACAUAAAACAUCCCUGUAAUGAAUGUGAGGGAAAAGGACAAACGGUUCAGCGCAAAAAGGUGACAGUGCCAGUACCAGCAGGCGUCGAGGACGGCCAAACAGUACGCAUGGCAGUAGGCAAUAAAGAAAUCUUCAUAACAUUCCGCGUGGAGAAGUCUAAGUACUUCCGUCGCGAUGGCCCAGAUAUUCACACGGACGCUGAUAUAAGCAUCUCUCAGGCAUUAUUGGGUGGAACGACGCGUAUCGAAGGUGUCUAUGAGACAUUAACCAUUCAAAUUCGACCUGGUACCUCGUCUCAUACACUCGUACGUAUGAAUGGCAAGGGUAUGAAGAAAGUUAACACUAAUGGAUACGGCGAUCAUUACGUUCACAUUAAAAUCAAAGUACCAGUGAACCUCAACAACAAGCAAAGAGCUUUGAUUCAGGCUUACGCGGAGUUGGAGGACGAUACGCCUGGCACGAUACAGGGUAUUACUACGAAAACGGAUGGUACUAAACAUUGUUGCUCAGAACCAUUCGACCUCAUGGAUUUACUUCGAGAAGCUUUACGAGACGACAAAGUACCAGUAAGAGCCAAGUCUUUAACUGUAAAUGAUCCAUCCGAUAAGAUGCAAGAAACUUCAGACGAUGAAAACGAACGACGAAAAAUGCCAUAAAUAUACGCACUCGAUAUUGUAAAAGUCAAAUAUAUGAAAAACAGGAGACAGACCCUAAAGAAUUAAAGUUACAAACUUAUUUCAAAAAGCGCCACCAAAGAUCAAUUUUAUAAAUUGAAUGUUUCUUUAACUUUAAUAAGUAAAAAUGAUAGAUAAUAUAGAUGAAACUUGGUAUCUAAACCUUUUUGGAAAAAGUUAAUAUUUCAAGAUAUUUAACGAAUUGUUCAACUUUUAACGAUUAAGCUAAUUGUUUCACUGUAACAAAAGAAAUAUUUCGAUUUAUAUCUAUAUCAAGCGCUUUUCAAAUGGUUGUUUAUUAAAACAUACUUGGUUGCUGUUUUUUUUUCGUUACAUUACUAUCGCGUGCGUGAAUGCUUAUAUACAAUUAAAUAGAAAUAAAAGAGAUAAAAAUAA